AUGGCUCAGCAACUCGAAGGGGAAGCCUUGAUCUCUUCCCCAUGGACAAGAUCCUUACUUUCCGGUGCGGUCGCGGGUCUCACUGUGGACUGCUCCUUAUACCCCCUUGACACCAUCAAGACGCGGCUCCAAAAAGCACGCGACCUUAGCGCACCUCAAGCUUCCCGCCCAUCCCUCCGUCAAGCAGUCCGUGGCAUCUAUGCCGGUCUUCCCUCUGUCUUAUUUGGCUCUGCCCCCUCGGCAGCAUCAUUCUUCAUCGUCUACGAUGGCGUGAAACGCUCCUUUCUUCCUCCGCCAGGCUCCACCGACACCCCCUCCCGCACUCAUAUCAUCUUCUCACACUCCAUUGCCUCCUCACUGGGUGAAAUCGCCGCCUGCGCUGUGCGUGUGCCCACAGAAGUGAUCAAACAACGCGCCCAGGCCGGUCUCUUUGGUGGCUCGAGUCUGCGCGCCCUCCAGGACAUUCUAUCCCUGCGCCAUGCCCCCUCGCAGGGCGCGACGACCCAGCCCCCUGUUGCUGGUACCAAUGCCUCUAUUCGUUCGAGACCUAUAAAUCAACUCUCAGGGAAACGGGGAUAUAGCCAAGUUCUCCGGGAACUAUACCGUGGUGCAGGCAUUACUAUCGCCCGCGAAAUACCAUUCACAGUACUUCAAUUCACGAUGUGGGAAUCCAUGAAAGAGGCCUACGCGAAGCGGUACCUUCAACCAGCAUCUGCGGUGACAAAUCCCAAAUCUUUAGCUGACACCCAAAUUUCGGCGUCCACGAGCGCGAUGUUCGGCAGUGUUGCUGGUGCUAUUGCAGCGGGUCUGACCACCCCAUUGGAUGUGAUCAAGACUCGCGUGAUGCUUACUCGCCGUGGAGAUGGUAGUGGAAAUGUGCGCGUCAAAGACAUUAUCCGUGGGAUUGCUCAUGAGGGCAUGGGGGCCUUUUGGCGCGGAAUCGGGCCAAGAGUGGCAUGGAUUGGCAUUGGGGGUGCGGUCUUUUUGGGUAGUUACCAAUGGGCGUCGAAUACGCUAGAGGGGAGGAGGGAACCGCAGGAACAGUACUGA